AUGUCGGUUACGGACAAUGAACCGAGGUCGAAGAACGCUCAAGGACACGCGAUGGGUAACGAACCCAUACCUCACAUCACUUAUUUUAUUUAUCUUGUGAGAUUAAAACGGUUUUCAGUGGAAACAGGACUUCAGAGUAUGGAUGUUUCUUUUAACAAUGUUGUGGAAGGGACCCGCCAAUAUUUUAUGGGAGUGCCAAAAGCACAAGAGGGAUCCGGACAAUCAAUGUGGCCAUCAGGGCAUCCUCCAGAAGAAGGAACUCCAGCAAUGUCAGGAGCGCCAGCACCAACCUCUCGUCCACCGUCAGCGGCUGCAGCUCCCCCUUCGACUCCCACAACGACACAGGGGGUAGUGCCACCGAGACCUCCUUCAGAGCCUUUAGAACCUGAACCACACAUUAUUCAUAAAGCUACAGUUAUGAGAGAAGCUGCGGAAAAAAGGCGUGAACAGCCAGAACCGGAGGAUGAAGAGGAACACGUUGGCCCAAUAUCCCCACCCUCUCACAUCAUACGCAAGCCAACUCCUCACACAUUACCGUCACCCGCGCCGGCUCCAGCAGCGCCGUGCCCUUCUCCAGCUAGACCACCGUCAGCUAUUCCGCCUCAACAGUCACACACGCCGGAACAUAUGGAGGCUUCCCAAUAUCGUGCUCAACUACAUAAAGUACAAACGACUCCUCGGCCUAUAGAGGAAUUUUCUUCGGGACGCCCACCAGAUCCUUACAUACAAAGGCCAGUCGAACAAUAUGCUCGUUAUCAGUAUGAAUCUUCAAUGCCGGACAGCAGUAGAAAUGUUCACGGCCAACUGAUUUCUUCACCACAACCGCCAACUAUCCCUCGUCAAAGUCCCCAAACAUAUGCCCGUUUGUCUAGUACCAUGACACAACAUACCGUCCAACGUUUAAAUGAUGCUAAUACAUCUAGUCCACCAGCUCAAAGAUAUCAAAUACAAUCUCAAGUACCUCCACAUAAUGAUCGUGUUCCACCAAUUUAUCAUCCACAAGUCCUGCCCCCUCCAAAAAGGUUAACUUCGUCCAGUGUUUACACAACACAAACUCAACGUCGAGAAUCGUCAACUUCUAUGUCCCGAAGUACCUCGCAUUUUGAAAGACAUCCUCCAUUACCACAGAGGAAAUAUGACCAUCAACAUACAUAUUCCGGGUAUCGGCCUAAUUCAACACCAUUGCAUCACAAUAUGCCUAACCAUCGUGUGGAGCAACAUCAAACCCUCGCUUACAAGCAUAGUGUGUCGGAUGCAAUAACUUCUCGUUACACACAAAGAUCUGACCGUAUACCGGCUUUAAUACAGCCACAUUCACAUGACCCUAUUAGAAUGCCAUCUCGAGUUGAUUAUUCUGGUAAAUCUGGUAGUAUUGAUUCAAGACAUAACUAUCACAAUUAUCCUUCACCAUCAACAUCGUCCGUAAGGUACCAUCAAAGUGCUAAUGUACCUGUUGUACAACAUAAUUCACCAGUUCCGGUGAGACCUUCUCAUCGGCCAGCAGCGACACCAAAAGUGAAUUACGCGUAUACGUCGUCAAGUCAGAACAUGCAAAUGUCUCCAUCGCGUUCUGCAAUAAAGUCAGGUUAUCCCAAUCAACAAGCGCGCAUGACAGUCUCUGUCACGUCCCUGGUCAAUGAAAUGAACCAAACUAAACAAAAGCGAGAAUCCCCUUUAGAUCUUUCAGUUAAAACAGUUAAAAAUUCCGCUGAUUCAUCAACUACUCAAGAUGAUAUGAUUGAUUCAGUCUCCAUAGAAAGUAAAUCAUUAGCUCCACAGUCAAGGGUAUUAAGCAACAGGCAUGUUCUCAGUGAUCGCUAUACAUCUUCGCACAAAGUUGAUUUUGCGCCAGAUUUCGCACAAUACAGAGAACAACGUUUUAGAUAUGCAUCGGCAUCACAACAACACUGUGAUCCAAGUAGCCGUCUCAGCGUCUCAUACGAAAGUUCCCGACCCAUGAGUGAAAACUAUGGAAUAGAAUCUCGACAUAAUGUUUACUCGGAACGUGCAAAAUAUUCAAAUUCUAUGAAUAGAAAUGAUUACGUACCUCGUAUAGACCUAACAAGAUCGGUGGCUGAUGAACGACUAGUCGUUAAUAAAUUACGAGAAGAAAGUAGAGUCGAAGAGCGAAAACGUAGUGCAGGUCCAAUUGUCAGUAACAUUCCCGAGAAAAUAGUACGUCGUGAGGCCUGGCCAGGUGAAGGUCGAGAUCGGUUAAGCCAUUCUGCUAGAGAACAACGAGAUCUGAUGAGCCGACCUGUUUAUGAUUAUUCAAGCCAUAAAAAACUAGAAGCGUAUCAGUAUGAUUUAAAACAACCUGGUCAAGUCUACCACGAAAAUCGUGUAUUCGUCAAUCCAUCAUACAAUAGAAAUGUAUAUCCCGUUGAAACUUCUAGUAGGGAGGCAAUGGAUUACCAUCAUCAUUACCAAGAUAGAUAUGCCAAUCGUCAUGUUAUCCAAAAAAUUGCAAGUCGAGAAUCACAGAUUCAAUUAGAUGCGAGUACUAGAGUUCAGAGAGAAGCUGAUAAAAAUAAAGUUUUAAGUAUAUUAAGAAACAGUUUAGAAACAAGGCAGGCUAGUUUUGAUAAAUCUAGUACAAUUCCGGAACUCAUCGUUAUAGAUGAUGUGGACGACUCUGUUAUAGAAAUAACAGACUUAACUAAAGAUAAUGAUAGUGAAUCCCACUGUAAGAAUCUAAAAAGGGAAAGCGAAAGUAAGGAAAUUACAAAUGUUGGUCAACAGAUACAAAUGCCUAAAGCGGUUGAUUCUAUACCAUCUGAUUCCGAUUACCAAAGACUUGAUAGUAAUGAUGCCAAAAGUAGAUCACCAGAAAAUGAUGUGGCUUCUAGAAUUAGAACAAAAGCUGAGCUUAAAGUUAUGCCUCCUUCACAAGAAUCAUCAACAAAAGAAGAAGCACCUAACAAUGUACUUACUUGUAACAAUAAGGAAAAAAUCCUUCCAAAAUCCCAGAAGCAACACCUAUUUAAUCAAAUUCGUAAAGAUAACUUACGAUUAGAAUCAGUUAUUAUAAAGGAAAGCUCAAAUGGUAGCAGCAUGUGCGAGGUAAAAUCUGAACCAAUGAGUAUAGAAGAAAUUGAAAAAGAUGCAAUAUUGUCUAUUAAAUCAGAAAAUAGUAUUGAUAUCCAAAAAAACAAUGAUGUUGAGAAAGUAGACGAAAGUGUGGACUGUCUAGACAUGGAUUGGUCUACUGCAUGUGAUAGUUUUAUGAAGCAGCUACAGACAGGAUGCCAUAAGAAAAAAUCUCAAAGAAUCACAUGUUUUAAUGAAAACGAUGAAAGUAAAAAUAAAGAGGACUUUGUGCCAGUAGAUGCAAAAACUAUAAACGAAAAGUAUGAUGAAAAUUUAGCUAUUGCGGGAGACCCCCAAACCAUGGAAAUAACUCCUUUAAUUCAAAUUAAACAGGAACCUAAAGAUGAGGAUGAAAGUGUAGGUGUUGAAGAAAUUUCUCAGACAUUACCUGUGAAAGAGGAACCUAAGAAAAUAGAAAAGCAAAGUGAAAAGCCACCCAAAAAUAAAAAUCACAAUAAAAAUAAAACAAAAGGAAAGAAUGUAUUUGCACCAACGAAAACAAUAAAAAAAGAAAAGAAUAUCGUCUCAAAAACUGUCAUAAAAGAAGAAGUGGAAUCUACGGAUGACGAUGAACCGUUAAUCAAAAGUAAAAUAUUAAAAGAAAAAGAAAAGAGUGAACAGUUAAAAUAUCAAUUACUCAAAGACUUAUCAGAAAAAUCAGCAAUAGUAAAACUUGAAUGCUGUGAUGCAAGUACAAGAAAAUCUGUCGAUUCAAUAUUGAAAGAGAAAGAUGAGAAAAACGUUAAGCCUAAAUUGACUACUAGGUCUAGUAUAAGAAAAAGUAAAUUAACCACCGAAAAUAUCAAAUGUGAAACUAAUAACGACGAUAGCAGUUCCGAAAGUGAAGGUGAUACCUUAAAAAUUUCUAGUAGAUUAAGAACACGUAAGAAAACAAAAACUGAUGACAAACCAGUGUCAAUUACCAAAACACCGCUAAAAAAUACUACAUCAAAAAAAAUUGACAACAGUAGUACAAGUAAUAGUUCUACUCCUGCUCGCAAGACUGGUUUCGGGGAUGGUUCAGAUUUUCAUCCCGGGUGGGAAGAAGAAUUGUAUAGAUAUAAAAGAUCAUUACGCAUGCCCACAAGACUGAUAGCUAUUCCAAGGGGUCGCUCUGGUGGUCCUUUUGUAAAAGGAUCCACUUCUCAUUUUUCGCGUGGAUCUACAUCUUUACCAGAUUUGGAUCCUGUUCCUCUGUCUCCAGCACCAUCAUCUGCCCCAUCAGUAGCCACAGAUGAACUUUAUAGGCGACCGGAGAAAACUACUUUAGACAGUGAUUUAGAAUCUAAUUCUAGUUAUUCUACACUCAACAGAUUGCAUUAUGAUUCAGAAGCUUCAACGUCAACUAUUAUAUCUUCAACAAAGCCUAGAAAAAGCGGAAGUUCUAUUGUUGAUGAGCUAAUAAAAAAAUGUGGCAAUAGAGAUUCUUCUAAAAAGAAAUCCAAGGACAAAGAAGAAAAACAUCCAAGAACGUUGACGAAGUCCUCUAAUAUCACUGAAUUACUACCAACGCCAAGCUUAGGACUUAUUAAAAAUGGACAUAAAGGGAAUUUAGAUGGAAAGAAAGAGAAAAUAUUAGAAGACAUAUUUUACUUGGGAGCUUUUAGGAAGGAAACAGUCACUGCGUUUAGAGACGCAUUUAUUAAAGAUACAAAUGGUUUAAUAGGAGCAACUGAAGAGUUUGCACCAUUAAUGUUAAAAUCUAGGACGCGGACCGAAAGUAGGGUGUUAAAACAAAGAGCGACCAUGAAAGAAGUUUUUGGUGAUGACAGACCAGCUUCAGCUCCUCCUUCGUCUUGUAGAGAAACCAGUGUGUGUGAACAAUCAGUAAUCGAAAUAAAAAAAGAACCUGAACCAAAACCUAAAUCCAAGCCGAAAAUACUUAAAGAUAAAGUAAAGAGACGUUCAACUUCAAUAAGGGACGGCCUAAGAAGUACAAAAUCCCUAAAAAGAAACGACGCCAAGGGUCGAAUGAUGAGACUUAAAAAACGCAACAGUUUAUUAAAAUCCAUAUCUGGUAAACGGUUAAGAGAAAUUAACAACAAGCCUAAAAAAGAAAAAAGUCCUUCAUUAGAAGAAAAGCCAAAUACCAAGGAGGAGAAUAGUGCUGUUCUUACAACUGAAGGAACGGUAAAAAAACGAUUUAAGCGUUUAUUUGGUAGAAGAAAACUUAGCUCUGGCUUCGACUACAUCAGAAAGAAGAAGAAAGUAAUACGAAAGGAAGAAAAUGUUAAUAAAGUUCGUCGGCCGGCUCCGAAACCAAGCCCUGAAUCAGUCCACGACAUUCAAAAAGAGAUUAAGGGAUGGUUUAUCAACAAAAGCGUUGGGGAAACACACUUGCAUCGAGCCGCUAGACUUGGAUUUACUGAUUGCGUUGCCUUCUGUCUUGAAAAAAUGGAAGUGGACCCGUCAGCAAAAGAUAAUGCCGGUUUCACUCCGUUACACGUGGCUGCGGCGAAGGGACACGUCAGAAUAGCAAGACUACUUCUUCAAUAUGGAGCCAAUGUUUCUGCUGCGGCCCAGGGAGGCAUAAGACCUCUUCACGAAGCUUGUGAAAGCAGCCAUAUGGAAAUUAUACGCUUACUUUUAUCUUACGGAGCGGACCCACUUCUGGGAACAUAUGCAGGACAAACACCAGAAGAGUUGGCGGAGGGGCCAGCUGCAAAAUUAUUACGACUAUACAUAGCAGACGUUCAGGGCCAAUCUGUGGAUCCCUGGAGGUUUCCACCACCCACUGAAGUGAUUGAUAAAGAAGAAAUUGGUUGUGAAGCCCUUUCGUCACCACCCCCAGCAUCGCCACCACCCACGCCUGACGCCACAAUGGAAAUUCAAUGCACAGAGACACCAUUGCCUCCCUUCUACAGUUUACGAACGGCCACAGGCCAACCAGCGGAAGGAUUAUGGUGUUUACUACAAGAUGUUACAAAUAUCUUACAGAUAAAAUCAAAAGACUCGUUAUUGAAACAAAUACACUGCGGUUCAGGAUCGCCAAAGGAACUACUUCGAGAAAUCAGAACGCAGGAAUUUUUAGAACGGGCUCAAUGCCAUCAAUUGCUGUGCGCAGGAGAAAAAGUAAACGUACGGGCUUCUAAGGUUGCGUUGAUACGGGUUACAGACAAAUUGAGACAACUCUUAAAAAUCGAGACAAUACUUGUCAGUUGA